AUGUCUCAGGCCAUCGGCAACACCGCAUUAGCGUAUGUGCGAGCAUGGCAUUUAGUAGACGCAAGACAGCGUAUAUUAGGUCGUAUGGCUACUAACAUUGCAACCACCCUAAUGGGAAAGCAUAAACCUAUCUAUGAUCCUGCUUCUGAUUGUGGUGACUAUGUAGUAGUCAUAAAUGCAAAAGAAGUUGCAAUAACCGGUAAGAAAGUCGAACAGAAAGUGUAUCGUCAUCAUAGUGGAUAUCCUGGAGGCUUAAAAACAAUUCCUUACAAGAUUAUGUUGGAAAAAAAACCUGACGAGAUUAUCAGAAAAGCAGUUUCGGGAAUGCUUCCAAAAAAUCGCUUACGCGAUAGACGACUGGGCCGUUUAUUCAUUUUCCCAGAUGAUAAACAUCCUUAUGAAAAAAAUAUAUUGAAAUCUUAUGAUAAUUCAUUGAACGAACUUAGUUUACCCGACAAAAUUGAGAAAAAAGUGAAGGACAAACCCAAAAAUCGGAUUAAAAAACCCAAUAAAAAUAAAUUGGAAAGAUUGUCUUCUGCAGAAACAAUUGACAGCAAAAAAAAAAAUGUAAAAGAAAAAACUAAGCAGAAUAAAAGCAUAGAAAUACAAAUAUGA